AUUUUGAAUCCGUGUUGAGUUCUUUGAAAUCCAUUAGUUAAUUAAUUAAAGGGAAAUUAAUAAUGGAAAAAGGCACAGAAGGAGAAAAGGGGUCUGUUGUGACCGUGACGUCAAAGCAGUCGUCGAAUUGCUCCGAAAUUACCAUUAAAGAGUUCUUGGAUUUUCUUCGGACUGCGUAUCAGCUGCAAGAUAGUCUUGAAACCAUGCUUUUGAACAACGGAAUGACACAAGCUGUCGACUGGUUGAAAUUAAAAGAGAACGAUCUUGUCAAACCAAAAGAAACAGAAACAGAGCCUAAAUUGAAAGCAGAGGACAAAAAAGAUUUAGUGAAAAAAAAGAGCGAAGUUGGAAGUGAAGGGGAUUCCAUCAAAAGUAAGUUGAACGAGGUGCUGUCCGAAGGGCUCCUUGACUCAGUUUUACCCUAUUUGGUCCCGAGUUCGUCUCAUCCUGUUUCUAGAAGGAGCAGCGUGGGUAAAGUUCCAUCAGAAAAACUAAGUCAAGCGGUUGUUUCUGCCACUUCGGUGGUAAAGAAGAAGAGUUCAGAGACUUUAAAGACUUCGCUUACGAAAACAGACUCCGAGGUGGAGAUCCACGUGUGCGACGAGGUCAAAAACAUGAAAAAGGACUUUGUCUGCAACCAGAAGCUCCUCGUGGAGAAAAUGGGCUACUUCGCGGAGGUCACCACCGGGCAGCGUCUGGAAGACAUGGACAUCUCCGUGCACUGCGACAUCGGCAUCUUCGAGUGGCUCAUGAAAUGGGUGAAAAAGGAUUCGCUCCUGGAGGAAGACUGGCCCCAGCUGGACGCCCAGUGCGUCGUGCCCAUCCUCGUGUCCGCCGCCUUCCUCCAGAUGGAGCCUCUGCAGCACGACUGCCUCCUCUUCUGCCACCAGCACAUGAACGAGAUCCUCCGCACCGCCACCAACCUCUCCUGCUUGAACGACUCCAUCCUGACGCGCCUCGCCGCCAUGUACACCAACACGGAGGUGGAGAUGAUCAAGGACAGGAAGGACAAGAUCCAGAGCAGGAUCUAUACGAAGUUGAUCCAGUCGCUGGCGGAACCGUGGCCGGAGAGCGUUAGGGGCCACUGGAGCUCCGUGGCCAGAGUCUACAGAUGUGGCAAAUGCCAGCAGCUCGUGAGCCCCGCUGUGGCCCCCCAGAUCCCGUGCGCCCCCUCGUGCAUGCAGCUGCAGUGCGACGGGUCCAUCCUCAGCCACCACGUGCGCGACCCCUCGUGGAACAUCAACGACUACAUCCUCAAACUUCACAAAGCGUUAAAAACCUGGCGCAAGGUGUACUGGAGGCUGUGGGGCGACGCUCAUUUUCUGUAUUGCACCACGUGCAAGCGCUUCUUCCCCGCCCACCAGAUCGGCUGGUGCCGCCACCACCCAGAUCCGCCGCAGUACUUCACGCUGGACGCCCAGAAGGCACCGCUCCCCGUAGGCAGGUAUCCCUGCUGCGGCGAGCGGGCCUACCGCUUCCAGCUGCUCCAGGACUACUCCGGGUGUCAGUUCCGGGAGCACACGGUGUCGGCGAAGGACGUGCGGGACUCCGCCGUGCUGGCUCUCCUGGAGAACUACAGGCAAUUGAUAGAGGAGGAGCCGCCGCAGCUGAUGUUCCCGGAGCGCCUGACGAGGUUGGUGGCGAGGGACCCCUCGGCCGGGGACUCCAAGAAGCUGGUGUGUAAGGAGAACUUCUGGUGGGAGGGGUUCCAGAUAGUGCCGCCGAGACCCAAGCUGGGGCUGCUGACGGGGUUCGCCAACAGGCGGCUGAUACAGGAGGCGGAGGCGGCGCCGGCGGCGGAAGAGUCGAGCGACGAAUGCAGCGAUGAGAGCUCGGGGACGACCUCGAGCGGAUCGUCGUCGUCGAGCUCGACGAGGGGCAGCGCUGAGAGCAACCCGCCGCCCCCGCUUCAGAAGGUGAUCAAGCGAAAAAGGGCGAAGCGUGAAGGGCGCCUCUGGCAACAUAACCUCUCGGCGAGAAGUAACCAAGACAUACAAAGGGCCUACGAAGAAAACGCCAUUAAAGAAAUCACCACAAUGUUAAAUCGGCGAACCGCAACCAUAUCGGAAGGGAUUUCCAAAAAUCCGAAGGGCUUUUUGCGCAGCGCCACUCCAUUAGGUGGAAUUUGGGUGCGUCUCGAAACCGAAUGGAAAGAAAUGUACUGUGCGUCCAACUCCCAGCAGAAGACUCGCAGCAUCUUCACUGGAAAAAUUCGCCCCAAACCACUGAAAAUGUAAUUAACCCCCAAUAAACCCUCUGAAUACGA